AUGCUCGGAUUCCAUGUCAUGACACAGUUGCUGGAACAGUCUCGUGUUGAGGGCAGAGUUUUUCACAUAGUUCACGACCUUGACAAUACCAGUGAAAAUUGUGAGAAGCCCAGAAGGAAGCGAUUUAGAAGCCAGAGCCUCCCGAUGAAUGAAGCAGUGCACACCAACUGCAUUUGGUGCUUUGGAUUUUACUUUUGCUUGAAACCCGACCUCGACCCAAGCAUGGCUGGAGCUCCAUCAGUUGUGAUUCCAACAAGAUUAUUCCAACUCAAACCAUGCUUGUCAAAAAACGAUGACACAGCAUUCAUCACAUCAGUGGCCGAGGCAAUAAAUCUUCCUGUCAUCUCGCGAGCCACUCAUGACCAUCCCAAGGGCCAAAUUUGUCACAUGGACCGUGAGUUUGACACCGCUGAUACUAUCAACAAAUACCUUGAGGAGAACCACCUUCUAUCUCCGAAGCAAUUUGGAUUUAGAAAAGGCCGUUCAACCUCUGAUCUCCUCCUCUUGCUCUCCAAAUCCUGGCAUGAUGCCCUUGAUGCCGGACGCCCCUCCCUGGUGAUCGCCUUAGACAUUGCCGGUGCUUUUGACUCUGUGUGGCAUCAUGCGCUGACUACUAAACUCCAGCAGCUGGGCAUCACCGGGGACCUGCUACAACUGUUCACCAGCUACCUCACGGGACGGAGCCUCCGCGUAGUGGUGAACGGCAGCACCUCGUCCUCCUUUCCAGUGGAGGCUUCUGUACCCCAAGGUUCAGUACUCGGCCCAAUACUAUGGAACAUAUAUUUCAACGAUCUACUGCAGAGUUCUCCCGGAGCGGCUGCUUAUGCAGAUGACUGCACCCUCUCCUGGGCUUACGAGAGGGGAGAAGCCCAGAAUGUGGCGCAGGGAGAAGCAGACCAACUGCGUGGAAAGUUGCGUCUCGGGCCAGACACCAUCCCUCUGCAGGACACCAUUGAAAUCCUUGGGGUGGAGGUGGAUUCCAGGCUGCAGUUCGACCGUCACCUGGAGAAAGUGGCGCGGAACGCCUCCUCUAAGGUGAACCUACUGCACCGGAUGAAACACCUCCUCCAUGCUGACGGCCUCCUCACACUCUACAAGGCCCAGCAACACCGACAGCCUCAACAAGAGCAACAGCAACAGCAAGAGCAGCGGCAGCAGGAGAAACAGCAGCGGCACGACCUGAGGGACAGCCUCGAGCACCGCAGGAGAGUUGCCGCCUUGACAGUGCUCCACAAGGCACAAGUGCAGCGCGUACCCCACCUGACGGACUUAGGGGCAACCUGGAGGAGACACGAGGUUGGCACGAGGACGGUGUCGGCCAAUGACCUUCUCCUGGAAGUCCCGAGGUCCCAUAGCUCUACUCACCAGCGUGCCUUUACAUCAGCAGCGGUGGUGUGGUGGAACGAGCUCACUACAGAUGUGGAUGUGAGGGGCCUGUCUACACAGCAAAUUAAGGUAGCAGCCCAUAGGUGGCUGCGUCUACACCCUCCUUAA